AUGGCGCCGGCUUGGGCGCAAGAAGCGGUAAUAACGGAAGAAGUGGACGAAUCCGUGCCACCGGACCCGCCGGCGCCGGAGGACUGUCCGGAGGCGGAGAAUAAGGUCGUCCUCGGUCCGGUCGCCAAGUUUACCGAGAAGGAAUCGGGAUUUAGCUAUCGGGCCCGCGUCGAUACGGGUGCCAAGACGUGCUCGAUCCACGCCACCAAGGUCAAGAUCGAAGACGCCAACAAGAAGUCGAUGAUCAAGAACAUCGGCAAGAAAAUCUCCUUCGAGCUGGAAUCGACCGACGGCAAGAAGAAGCGGGUGACAACCACCAUCGCCGACACCGUCCGGGUGAAGACCACCAACUCCGACGCCAUCCAGCGUCGCUACAAAGUCUGGUUGACGCUGAGUUACGGGGACGUCGAGCGGCGCGUUCAUGUCACGCUCAACGACCGUUCGCAUAUGAAGUAUCCGCUCCUCAUCGGGCGCAAUCUGCUCUGCGGCACCUUCCUUGUCGACGUCUCCGUUGAACCGGUGGCGGAGCAGAUCGCCGAUAACGAGGAGGCUGAGAUUAACGCGCGCUCCGGGUUAAUCUCCUCCAUCAGUGGUUUUUCUAAACCAUUGUUACUUUUCUGUCCCGACACUCCUCUGCCUCUCGGAUCGCCGUUCGUGGAAACGCUCGACUGGGCCGUCAUUGGCGGCUACUUCGCCAUUAUCCUGGGACUCGCUUGGUGGGUCAUCCGCCAGAAGAACGAUACGUCUGAGGAUUACUUCCUCGCCGGUCAUAGCCUCGGCUGGUUCAUCGUCGGGGCGUCGAUCUUCGCGUCGAACAUCGGCUCGGAGCAUCUCGUGGGCCUCGCCGGUUCGGGCGCGACCGACGGCGUCGCGAUGGCGCAUUACGAGCUGCACGCCUGGUGCCUGCUGGUGCUCGGAUGGAUCCUGGUUCCGUUCUACGCCCGGAGCCGGGUGUUCACGAUGCCGGAGUUCCUCGAGCGACGGUUCUCGCCCGCGGCGCGGUACACGCUGAGCAUCAUUUCGCUCGUGGCGUACGUCGUCACAAAGAUCGCCGUGGGCAUCUACGCCGGUGGCAUUGUCUUCUCGGUGCUGCUGCCCGAACUCACGAUCGGACCACUCAACAGUUUCUGGAUCGGCUCGCUGAUUGUGCUGGUGCUGACGGGUGUUUACACGACGCUCGGCGGCUUCCGCGCGGUCGCCUAUACCGAGACCUUGCAAACGGUCGUGCUGAUCGUCGGCUCGGCGUUGGUGACUUACUACGGCCUGCAAGCGAUCGGGGGCUGGGAGGGGUUGCGUGACACGAUCGGCGACGACAAGUUCAACCUCUGGAAGCCGCUCACCGCGGUAGUAGACGGGAAGGCGUUGCCGUUCGAGUGGGCCCCG